AAAUCCUCACAGCAAAACACAGCUCUCAGUUCUCUCAAGUUUCUUCAAGUUUUUCGUGCUCCGCAUCCUUCCGAUUUCCAGGUCCGUUUCCAACUCCCUUCUUUUCCAUCAUGUCUGAACCUCCCUUCUCCGCUUCUGCGGGCUUCCUUCAAUUGGACUCCGCCCCCCUCCUUUCCCUCCGCCCCAGGCUUAGCGAUAAUGACUUUGAUUUGGCCGCGAAAAUGGUCGGGACCGGAUGUGCCGUAUCUCGUCCUCAGCCGUCUUCAAAUAUCACAGAUCCUCCUCCAAAACACUUCGGCAUCCAUAUCCGUUCCUUGGAGCUCGGUUUCCGUGCUCCAAUUUCCCCCUUCUUCCUCGAGUUUAUCCGUUAUCUCGGCGUGGCUCCCGGCCAGAUAACGCCGGUCGGUCACCUCUUCCUUUCCGCCUUCGAGGCCUUGUGCGACGAGCAUAAGGUGGUCCCGUCCGUCCUUCUUUUCCGGUACCUCUUCACCUGGGCCAAAAAUGGGGGGUUUGUUUAUAUCUCUCAGAAGCCCGGUUUCAUCCUGUUCAAAAACUAUCCAGAUUCCAACAAGCGUUGGAAAGACAAAUGGGUCUGGCUAUCCGACCCCUCGCUCCCAUUUGGGUACGACUGGGCCAAGUGGUUUAGAAGGCCGGUCAAGGUUUAUCCGACCAGCCUAGAUCUGGAGUCGGACGCGUCUAGGUUGAUGACGAACGCUCCUUGGAAAAUCGCCGAUCUCAAUAUAAAGAUGGCUUCCAGAGCUGAGAGGAUGGCCGCCCUGAAGGCGGCGGGCGUCACUGUUGGGCCGGCCAAGGCGAAGCGGGCGGAGACGUCGACCCAACAAGCCCAGCCUAAGGUAGCCGAUCAGGAUCCUAACAUGUGGAGCAGCAAGAAGUCCGACCGAAACCGGUCCACGACUUCCCUCAAGUUUGACAUGCUAGGCACAGACGCUUCUAUCCUCAAUGGAUCCAUUUCUGCCGAGCGCUUUCUCGAGGCGAUGAUUCCCCCGUCCGACCGGGAACUGCUGGCUUGCCUUGAACCCAGAGAGCAGCUGGAAAGUGGCAUCCGGGCUGUAGUUGAGGCUGCACUCCGGUUUUGCAUGGGUCUGAAGGGGUAUGACAUUCUGGUGGCUUCCUCCCAGAAACAGGCAGCCGAGCUGGAGGAGGCUAGGAGAGCCAUAGAUGAGGCGUUGGAGAGUCGGAACUCGGCCCAGAAGGAGGUCAAGAAAUUGAAACAGAACAUUGGGCAGGUGGCCGAGACCGCGAAAAUGGUUGCGGAGCUGGAGUUGGAGCUGGCUGUUGUGCAGGCAAAGUUGGAUGCUGAAGUUUCCCGGCACAAUGCUCUAAAGGAGAGUUCCUUUGAGGCGGGGAAGUUGGCCGUGUCAGCCUAUGUUGAAAAGGAUCUUCCCCGCCUCCUGGAAGAGCACGUUUUGGACAACCAAGAGAAGAUUGCUAAGGCGUGGCUCAAGACUCCAGACGGCAGGAAGCACCUGGACAUGGAAGGACUCAUCAACUUCGAGUGUGGCAGAUUUGUCAUGCAGUCGGAGUUGUAUGAGAUCCUCUCUGCCCGUAAUGUUCGACCGGAAUUCCUGGGCCUCCCCCCUCCUAUGGACGAUCCCGAUCCUCCACAGUCACCAGCAUAAAGAGGAAAAGCUAACAUAGAUUAACCAGCCGCCCCGUCUCAAAAGGUGCUCAGAUCAUGGUGGCAGUUGUAGUUGUUAAGAAAUUGUGCUAAAUAGGGUUAAAACAUGAUCAAAAUUCUCCACUUUUUGCAGAGAGGAAACUAACUCCUUGUAUGUGUAAAGUUUGCUAAACUCUCUUUUUUGGUAUGUACUUUAAAAAUUACUACGUUUUCUCCAUUUGGUAAGUUUUUCUAAAAAAUAAUACUUCCGUAUCACUAACAAUG